AACACACGCACGGUUGUAUAACCCUAUUCGCAGAACUUUUUUUUUGGCACUUGAAACAGUUUCAACCCGUCGCAAAACAAACUGAAACAAUGGCUGGCGAACAAGAGAAACUGACCGGCCUGGCCAAGCACUUCAAUGGCACAACCAUGGCCGGCCGUGCCAAUGUGGCCAAGGCAACAUACGCAGUCGUGGGCCUGCUCAUUGCCUACCAGAUCCUGAAGCCAAAGAAGAAGUAGAUGGCAUGCUCUGCCACCUGCUUGGUGCCACCAAUUUGAUGCGCUCGUCGUCCUGGUCAGGACACAAGCCAUGUAUAUUUAUGUGUAGUGCAAGAUCUUAAAGGAAUAAACAAUUUAAAUAUCUAACACACGGAAA